AUAUACAAUUCUAUUCCAAAGAAUUACCGUCAUUAAAUUAUGAAAAUCUUAUUUCUCUGGCACGCGAAAGGAUUAAAGUCCUUAAAAUAAUCACAACGGUUACGAGACUUGCUACUCCUGGCAAAAGUGAUGAAUAUAUAAGGAGUCUUGUAAUAGAAAGGUUGAAUAAUAUCCGAAGCUAUGAUUACGUAACUUCAU